AUGACAGACAUCGCUGAACGGAACGCCGAUGGCGACCAGCUCGGGCGAAGCUCGGAGAAGGAGGUUCAACACCACACAGCCUCUGCCCCAGAGGUGCAUCUGCUUGGCGAGGGGAGCCCUGGUGUUCGUCGCAUCGAGAUUGUCGCAUCGCAUUUCCACUUCAUCGACCGCAUCUUCCUCUUCUGCAGCAUUUUCCUCGUUGCUUACGUCUACGGUCUGGAUGGCAUCGUUCGCAAUGUUUACCAGCCGAAUGCAACCGCAAGCUAUGACCGGCAUAGUCUUCUGGCGACCAUCAUGGUCCUUCGCUCUGUGAUUGCAGCUGCAGCUCAGCCAACUGCUGCCAAAAUCGCCGAUGUUUUUGGUCGAGUCGAGCUUAUCAUAGUAUCCAUUGCAUUCUACACCAUCGGGACCAUUAUCGAAACGUUUGCGACGAGCGUCGAGGGAUUCUCUGCGGGCGCUAUUGGAUACACCUGCAUCAUGCUGCUGCUUGAAGUCUUGGUAGCUGACGUUACCUCGACUCGCUCUCGACUGCUGUUCUCUUUCGUCCCGGCGCUUCCCUUCAUCAUCAACACCUGGAUUAGCGGUAAUCUCACGGAUGCGGUUUUGACGGUAACCUCUUGGAAGUGGGGCAUCGGCAUGUUCGCUAUCAUCUAUCCGGUAUGUUCACUUCCAUUGAUCGCCGUCCUGUUCAUCGUCCACCGGCGCGCGAAGAAGUCUGGGAGGCUGGGAUCUUACAAGAGCUCUCUCGAGCUAAUGGGUGGUCGUCGGCUCAUCACGGAGCUCUUCUGGCAUCUCGACGUUAUAGGACUCAUAUUGAUGAUUGCCAUGUUCGCCUGUAUACUCGUCCCCUUUACGCUGGCCGGUGGAAUCAAAGCACAAUGGAAAACGGCAAAAGUGAUCGCUCCUCUUGUUGUUGGAAUUCUGUUGGUCCCCGUUUGGAUCUACUGGGAGAAAACCUGCCGCUAUCCAAUGUUGCCUUUCCAGCAUCUCAAAGAUCGCGCUGUUUGGGGCGCACUUGGAAUUGCCGUCAUGUUGAAUACUGCAUGGUAUCUACAAGGAGAUUUCCUCUAUACCGUCCUCUACGUCAGUUUCGAUGAGUCCGUGCUCAGUGCUACCAGAAUCGCCUCUCUAUACAGCUUUACAUCGGUGAUAGCUGGUGUUGCCCUCGGAUUCAUCGUGAUGAAGAUUCGUCAAUUGAAGCCUUUUAUUGUGUCAGGCACAGUUCUGUUCUUGGUUGCAUUCGGAAUCUUGAUUUACUAUCGUGGAGGUGCCAGCGGAUCCAGUCAUUCUGGAGUGAUCGGAGGUCAGGUCCUACUAGGUCUUGCGGGUGGUCUGUUUGCUUACCCGGCCCAAGCAAGCAUUCAAGUGGCCUUGUCACACGAACAUCUCGCCGUCGUGACUAGUAUCUAUCUCGCUUCUUACAGCAUUGGAAGCGCGAUCGGCAACACUAUUUCCGGCGCGAUCUGGAACCAAGUCCUUCCCGCGGAGUUGGGCCACCAGCUUGGAAACGAAACUCUUGCUGCACAGGUCUACGCAGAUCCAUUCACCUUCGCCGCUGCAAAUCCAGUGGGAACGCCCGAUCGCGACAGUGUAAUUGUCGCGUACCAGAAGACUCAGCGCCUGCUCUGCAUUACCGGAAUUUGCUUGACGGUUCCGCUGAUUGCCUUUGCUCUUUGUAUUCGGAACCCUAAAUUGACCAAAGAGCAGAGCUUGGUCAAAGACGAGCAGAGACUAGCCUAA